GAGGGGAAGGGAUGUAUAGGAUGUGACAUAGCUCAACAGCCUGGAUUGAGACAUGAGUAUAAAUUCAUAAUUUAAAUGAUUUGUCUUCCAUGACAGCAUGGUGAGUUUUACUGGUGCAUCUUGGGCCGUUUCUCAACGUCGUCCACCCUUAGUCCAUCAGCAGAUUUGUCCAAUGUUCACGUUGUUUCAAGCACGUUCAAGAGUCGAUGAAUAUCCUUUCAUGAAUGGCUCUAGUUUCAGUCAGGUUUAAACGCUGCUCAUCCUAUCAUGUACUCUGCCUGUGCAAGACUAUCAAUAUUUGAUAUAAUAUUGCCAUUUAAAGGACGCUUUUACCAAAAGGGUUUCACAAUACUAUAAAUGCUUAAAUUCAUAUCAUGUCUUGUUGCCCUAAUGGGAUAUGAGGAUGUUGAAUGUACGAUAUUCUUCAAACUGUCAGGGCGAAACAGACCCUCAAAUUCCCCAUUUUCCCUGCUUCAGGGAAAUGCCAGUCAAGACAGAAUAUAGCAGAUCUACAAGAGGCGUUAUAUUCACUGUUGACAAACAACACAUAUUUUGGAUGCGUGUAGCCGAAACUGACAGAAGAGAACUGGGCCUGUUCAAGAGAGAUGGAUUUCCAAGCUAUUAUGAGCCUUUAUGUCAGAGUUCAGGGCCAUUCUGAAUGUUUGGCUCCAGAUACAGCGAUUUGGUCGCAACUCAAAUGCCAUAUAAACAAAUAAUACUAUCAAAUCCAUGGUGGGCCAUUUUCCACACUGUGCUGGCGGCCAAUCAGCACGCAGGAUGCAUCUAAAUAACCCUACAAUCACAAUGUCACCCUCCGACUUGCAUACAAAAACAACAAUUACGACAAGCAAAACCCUCCAUACAAUACUCUCACAGCCCACAACCCAGGGUCAAAAACAGCCUCCAAAACACAAUAAUAACAGACAACACAACCUGUCCAUCAUUUCGUUCUUCCAGGCACCCGCUGCCAAGUUAUAUAUUCAUCCCACUGCCUCGGAGUCGGUGGUUCCUAGGAGCUUGUCUGCAACCCAGGGCCAGAACAACCCGGACACUCUCUGCCCCCGGGAGACCACCAAGAGCCCUGACAUCCACAGACACAAACAAGAUACCUUCUCAGGAACCCUUUCCGACUCGGGGCGUAACUCCAUGUCCAGCCUUCCCACCCACAGCACCAGCGGGAGCGUCAGCACGGCCGCGGGCCCCGCCGUGUUCCUCACUGUUCACGGCUCGCUGUCGGGGCACGCCCUCAAUCAGGGGGCCCCGCCCAACGUCCCCCCGUGGUGCGGCGUGAACGGCGCUAACCUGGGCCCCCGAUACAACGACGGAGGGCUACCGGCUGUGGCCAAUGGCGACUCCGGAGCGCGGCCCCCCACGGAGGACCCGGGCCUCCUGACGGAGACGGGGGCCGGCAGCCGCUCGCCCAUCAACACGGACGAGCUGCUGACCGAGCGCCUGGAGCAGAGGCUGCUGGAGAGGGAGUCGGAGCUGCAGGACCUGCAGGUGAGCUUUGAGGAGAAGGAGGAGAACACGUGCCAGCUGUUUGAGGAGCGGCAGCGGUACUGCGCGGACGAGAUGGAGGGGCUGAAGCAGCGCUGCUCCACCAAGCUGCGGCAGGUGUCCCAGAGAGUCACCAGGAACCACCAGGCCCUGCAGCAGCAGGUCGCCACGCUGCAGGCCGAGAAGGAGAGGCUUCAGGAGGACAUCGCUAAGCUGACCCAGGAGAAGGAGCUGGCUGAGGUGAGGCUGAGGUCCUACGAGACCACCAACACACCGCUGGCGCCCGCGCUGGAGGAAAUCCAAUGGGAGAUUUGCCAGAAGUCCGGGGAGAUCUCGUUGUUGAAGCAGCAGCUGCGCGACAGACAGACGGACGUCAACCACAAGCUGAACGAGAUCGUGAGCCUCAAGUCCGCACUGAAGGAGAGCAAGAGCCGAAUAGAGGCGCUGGAGAGACACAGCAGCGAAGACAAGGACCGGAUCCAUUCUCGCACCGUUGAGGUGGAGGUGUGCCAAAAUGAACUCCAGCGCAAGAAGAACGAGGCAGACUUACUGCGGGAGAAGGUGGGCCGGCUGGAGACAGACAUCCAGGGCAUGAAGCAGGAUCUGGCCUCAGCCAAAGAGCAAAGGCAGAAACACUGUUUGAAACUCGAAGCUCAGGCCCAGAAUCUAGACAAUGAAACAGGGUCACAGAGCCCGGAGCAAGCCGCAGAGGGGACUAGAGGAGGAGGAGGAGGAGGAGGAGGAGGAGGAGGAGGAGGAGGAGGAGGAGGAGGAGGAGGUAGAGGAGGAGGAGGCACCACCGACGCCCUCCAGAGAGAGGUGGAGAGACUGCAGAAACAGCUCAGAGAGGAGGUGGAGUCUCGGGAGAGUCUGGCCAGCAGCUUCGAGAAGGAGCGGCGUACGUGGAACAAGGAAAAGGACAGGGUGAUCCGCUACCAGAAGCAGCUGCAGAACAACUACCUGCAGAUGCACAAGAAGAACCUGGACCUGGAGCGUAUCCUGAAGGAGCUGAGCGCAGAGCUGGAGAGCAGGACCGAGCUGGACAUAGACGCCCCUUACUGCUCGGGGCUGCAGACGUACGACGAUGUGAUCGCCACAGAGAUCUGAGGAGCGUGCGUGUGUGGGAGUGACGCCAGGGCGGGAGCGGGGGGUAGGAGAGACACAUGGGGGGGGGGGGGGGGGUUAAUCCACUGGCACCUAGAUGUUGUCACACUGAUGCAGUAUGGUAACAGAUGUUACACACCGAGUCUAGAUACAACGACACAAACGACUGAUCUACUGAAGUUCACCUGUCAACACGUUUGUUUGACAGUAAAAACACAAUGCCUCUGUUGUUUAUUUAGCACUAAGUCCUCAGGUCCAUAAAAUAAAGUACUAUUCAAAUUCAGGUUAAUGCAACAAAAAAAAAAAUAUUAAACAUUCCUUUUGUUUAGAGAUCAAUAGAAAAACAUGGCUGCCAGUUCCCCUUGUAAUCGUUUUUUUCAUAAGGGUAACUCUUCGUUUAUCAUUUUGUCAUGAGAAACAACAUUUAUUAGCUGCCACAGCUGAUGAUUUAUCCAUGGUGUGAUUAAUGUCUCACAGUGACACAUGAUGAGCACAAUAAUCAACUAGCUUCACUCUGGGGCCAGCAUGACAAAUGAACAGGAUGAAACAGGCCUAUGAGGUCGCUUGGUCAAGUCUGUAAUUAACUAACAGAUAUUUGGUAGAGCUACACUGGUUGUGAUAUUAUAGUAACAAUGAUAGAUGUUUACAUGAGUCUAUCUUAAUAUAUUUAUUUUUUAGAUGAUACUGAAAUAGAACAGAUAGACAUAGAACAAGACCAUCAGGUUUUCAUUUGAAAUGUUGAAAACAAUCGAUCACAAAGUGGCUUUCUGUCAGUUCAGGAAUAAAAUAGAAAAAUUUAUUAGCUAUUACAUACAUCAUUCUUUCACUUUUUGAUAGAUUUUGUCAACAUGAUAUAAGUGUUUUUAGCAAAGGAUAUUAAAAGCUCGCACUUUGAUGGAUGGAUCAGUACACGUAUGGAUUUUCACCUAACAUUAAACGGCUGAGUGUAUCACUAGAGAAACAGUCCACACACUGGAUGUGUGUUCAUGUAUUACUAAAUAAUUCCUGAAUGAAAAUAAAUACCAUGACUGCACUGUGUUUGAGAGUGAUCAGAAUUGAGGUAAUACUGUAAAAACAAAAAGGGAAUGUCGCAAAUUUCACUUCAGAUAUUAUCACUUCUGAUGUUAUUGUGUUUCCAAGAUUCAAUAUAAAUUCAUUAUGCCACUGAACAUUUUCUUAUACUGAAAAUAUGAGAUCACCUUUCUGUCAGCAGGCACUGUGUGUUGUCCACACUGAGAAGAGGACAUGUUUGUGAGUUGUUGACUUGACCUUUGACUUGUCUUUGUUGCUAUAGGCAAAGAUGAUGCAGUGAUCUGUGGUGCUCAUCACUGCAGCACAAAAUGUGUUGAGAGAGAGAGAGAGAGAGAGAGAGAGAGAGAGAGAGAGAGAGAGAGAGAGAGAGAGAGAGAGAGAGAGAGAGAGAGAGAGAGAGAGAGAGAGAGAGAGAGAGAGAGAGAGAGAGAGACAGAGAUAGAGACAGAGAAAGACAGAGAGAGACAGAGAGAGAGUGAGAGAGAGUGGGAGUGACAGACAGACAGACAGACAGAGAGAGAGAGAGAGAGAGAGAGAGAGAGAGAGAGAGAGAGAGAGAGAGAGAGAGAGAGAGAGAGAGAGAAUUGGGAACAUCAUUGCGUAAGCACUUGAGCUGAAAAGCAAUAUUAUUUCUUGGCCCUGGUACCGCUGAAUAACUAAAAGUUAGAAGUAAACAAGCAGAUUAAAAGACUCCAAAACAUUGGUUUUAAGUACAACUCGAAGGUAAAGAUAAAAACGGCUUCCUUUGGCAUUUGCACAAGUCAAUCUCCUGUUGGGUUUAUAUGAUGAUAAAAGUAUUCUCCAAACGCACUUCCACAGUGAAACAAGGCUGGAUGUUAUAGUGGGCUAGAUAAAACAAACCGUGAUUCACACAGGAAGAUGAAUGACUUACUGUCAACUUUAACAGAGAAUAGUGUUUCGAAAUGGAUUGUUUAAUAUGGUUUAUUUUGUGAUAUAUUUCUUGAUAGUGUUCAUGACACCACUGUGCGAGUAACCACUAUUUAUAACGUCUCAAAUAAACCUCAAUGUUUUUAAUGCA